AUAUCCCGACUGGUCACGGGGCGAUAGUAAACCUGGGUCUGGAUGUAACUAAUAGUUUCUGAUGGCAUAUUUGCUCCUUCUAUUGUCCAAAUACCGUCGAACAAGUCAUUAACACUUUUAUUUUGAAACCGGAACUGCUUUGUUUAUUUCACUGUAGUGACACUUGCAGCCAUGGACGCACGUGGAUAAUGGAGCUCUGCGCGACAGGACUUUGAAUUCUUGAUAUCCAGCUGAGCCACAGAAACCAAGAUGAAGGGGAAAGGGAAGCAGCGGCGGGAGCCGGGGGUCUCAAAGAAGCUGAGGACAGCGAACAGCAGCGAUGAUGAAGACUCUGACGUGGAGAAGAACUUUGCUCUGCUCACUGAGAGAGGAAGAGGAGGGGCUGUGGAGGGAGAACCGUACUACAGAGGAGAGGAGGAGGAGGAGGAGGAAGGGUCUGAGGAUGGUGAUGAAGAGGAAGAAGAUGAGAAGGAAUCAGGUGGUGGUGAGGAAGAGUCGGAUGAUGGUGAAGAAGAGGAGGAGGCUGAGGGAGAUGAAGAAGAGGACGGUGACAGUGAGGCCUCUGAGGAGGAGGAGGAGGAGGAUGAUGAUGAUGAUGAUGACGAAGAGCCAGAGGCUGCUGGUGGCAGCAGUGAGAUCCAGACAAGAGAAGACAUUAAAAAAGAACUGUCCAACAUGUCCUUUGAGGACAUCAUGAAGCUACAGAACAAAGUGGGAACCAAAGUUUACAACCAGGUCGCCUACGGCAGCGACAAGAGACAAGAGACCAGCAAGAAGAGACGACUGAACAAGAACAGACCCACAGAGAUUUCAGCUAAGAAACCAGCGCCGUUCCUCCGUCAGGUCGUCCCCAUCAGGAAACCAACGCUGAGAGAUCCUCGGUUUGAUGACCUGUCAGGAGAAUACGAGCCUGAGAUUUUCCAGAAGACGUAUAGAUUCAUUAAUGACAUCAAACAGAGAGAGAGAGAGGUCGUCCAGAAGCAGCUGAAGAGGACGAAGAAGAGCCACCAGAGGAAGGAGAAACUGCAGUUCCUUCUGAAGAGGAUGGAAAACCAGGAGCGAGCGAGGAAGAGCCAAGAGCAGCAGAGAGAGAGAGAGCUGCAGUUCAAGAGACAACAGAGAGAGCAAGCCAAUCAGGGCACGCGACCCUUCUUCCUCAAGAAAUCUGAGAAGAAGAAGCUGCAGCUGGCUGAAAAGUACCAGGAGCUGAAGAAGAGCGGCAAACUGGAGAACUUCCUGAGCAAGAAGAGGAAGAGGAACGCCGUGAAGGACCGCAGGAAGCUGCCGAGGCAGCUGCAGAACAAGAAGGCUGCGUGAGGCGUUCACUGACCCCCCCCCCCCCC